AUGCAGUACUUCACCGUCGUCUCCGCCCUCCUCGCCAGCGUCGCCCUGUCCUCCCCCGUCGAGGUUCAGGAGCGCCAGCUCUACAUCCCGUGCUCCGGCCUCUACGGCACGGCUCAGUGCUGCGCUACCGAUGUCCUCGGUGUUGCCGAUCUGAACUGCGCGGACCCGCCCACCGUGCCCACCAACGCCUCCGACUUCCAAGCCGAGUGCUCUGCCAUCGGCCAGCAGGCUCGCUGCUGUGUCCUGCCCAUCCUUGAGCAAGGAGUGCUCUGCAACACCCCCGCCGGUGUUGUUGACUAA